AUGUCCGGUGAAAAUGUUGACGGUGCAAAAUUUCCGAUUCAUAAAGUUAUUCCGUUGAUAUUUGCUAUCAUAUUCGCCACGUUUUCUUUGAGCUAUAUUUUCACAGCUAGAGACGUGAAAUACAGGUGUUUUAUUCCAGAAUGUGAAAAUAUUUCAGAUACGUCCUAUAAUCCAGUAUGGUUGGAAGAGUUUGUUCCUUACGAAAAAGGGUAUCCCAGCAGUUGUUUGCGUUUCACUUCAUAUAACAACUCUUGUUCAAGCAAGAAUAUCUUCAAAAAUGAAACAGCUGUCUGUGAGAGCUUUGUUUAUCAACGUGAAGAACGAACUAUCGUUGCAGAUUUUGGAAUAUUCUGUGAAGAAAAUCUUUGGAAACUAACACUCAUAGGAACAGUGAGCGUCAUUGGAGAGAUAAUUAACCUUCCAUUUUCUGGCAUAUUAUCAGAUAGGUACGGCCGAGAGAAGUUAAUGAUGAUGAGUAUACUCAUGGGCACAAUAGUUGGUGUGACGAGAUCAUUCUCUCCAAACUAUACGAUAUAUGCCAUCUUGGAAUUUCUCGACACAGCAUUGAGCGCAGGAAUGUAUGGAGCUGCCUUUGUUCUGGCUAUGGAAAUCGUCGAACCAGAGCAGAGAGAUAUAGCAACCCUGAUAAUUUGUUGUAUUUACACUCUGGGUCAAGCAAUUUUAGGAAUAACAGCUUGGUUAUCACCUUCCUGGAGAAUAAUGUUACAAGUCCUCUACGUGCCUGGUAUAAUUUUCUUGUUAUUUUUCUUCACAUUACCAGCAUCCAGAAUGUGGGUUUUGGCAAAUAGUAGAAAAGAAGAAAUGGACGACAUCGUUGUACAAAAGAAAACGAAUGAAAUCGAAAGUAUUGUACACGAAAAUGCAAAACCAGUGGGAGAAAUAGAAUCCCAAGGAUUUUGGGACGCCAUAAGCCAAAAGGUCAUAUUAUUGAGAGUAAUCCAUUGCUCUUUCACUUGGAUCGCCAAUAACUUCAUUUACUACGGACUUCUACUGCAGUCGGUAGCAAUAUCUGAAGAUAUUUACAUCAGUUUCAUUAUUGGGGUUGUUGUCGAAAUACCAGGUUAUAUUAUCUACUAUUAUGGAAAUAAAAAGUUCAAAAGACGAUGGACGAUGCUAGUGGGAUUUGUUUCUACUGGAGUAUGCUGUAUAGCAGUUGGAUUCAUUCAAGAAGAAUUCUACUGGAUGAAGCUGAUACUAUUUUUGAUUGGAAAAUGUUGUUCAGCCGUAGUAUUUGCCCUAAUAUACGUUUAUACUACAGAAAUGUUCCCAACAACUUCCAGACACACCAUGCUUUCUAUAAUAUCGAUGAUUGGAAGAUUAGGAUCGAUGUUAGCACCUCAGGUUCCAUUACUGGCUAAGAUAUCCACUGCAUUGCCACUAAUAUGUUUUGGUAUUAUCGCCUUAGCUGCAGGAGUCCUGGCUUUGUUAUAUCCCGAAACACUGAAUACAAAACUUCCAGACACAAUUGAGGAAGCAAUUAAUAUUGGAAAGGCACCAGUUGAAUUAAAAACGAAUAGUGAAAAAUCAGAUAUUUGUGCUCGUUUAUAAGUUGAUAGAAAGUGUCUACUAUUCAGCUAGUAUUUGAUCAAUUUUUUUUAACAGCUACUGUUGACAGUAUUUUUGUAAUAUGAAUUAUUUGAUAAUCAUUCCAUUCUUCCUGACUUUUUGUGAAAAAUGUCUCGACAUCUAUCUGAGAAUAGUAGAACAUUGAUAUUCAAGAACUUUCAGCAUUCGAUGAUGAAAUUUAAUCUACCAUUUGUUAGAUGUCGCAAAUAAUUCCGUAAAAGACCAGUAUUUUUCAUAAUUGAUUGUUUUACUUUCUCAUGUGUGAAGUGAAGAAAAAAAUAUAUUAAAAGUAUUCUAAUUUACCAUC